GGGUCUCCUACCUCAGCGAUUGUGAGACGCGAAGUCGCUAUUUAACUUGGCCAGUGCGUCGUUCUCUGUACAGUAAGAGCUUUAGCUGUCACCAUCAGGAUAGCGCAAGCACUGAUAGCGGAAGCACUGAUAGUGGAAGCACUAACGUUCCUUACUCCUACGUCCUUUCCCCUUCAAGCUAUCAUCUUAGACCAUCAUUUCUUCGUCUGUCGAUAGUAGGACUACAACUAGCGCGCGGCUUCGUUCGCUCGCGGUGGGAGCUCAACGACGACCGCUCCAGCUCUUGAAGGAAAAUAGGCUACACUAUCGACGCAAGGAAGCUGGCUAGCCGGCAGGAGUUCCAUCGAGGCUCUAAGAAGAUGGCCCUUCGUCGGGCUGUUUCGCUCUGGUCGCAUACAAGCUUGGCGCCGCUGCUCGUCACAAUAACCAUGGCACUAUUCGCCAUGCUCGUCGCCGCGCCUGUCGCAGUGAGCGCUGGCCCGGUCUGCGACUACGCGAACGGAACAUGGGUGCGCGCGGAGGGCUAUGCGGCGCAGUACACGGGCAAGUCGUGCUCGUACGCGGGGAAGACGCGCAACUGCGAGAAGAACGGGCAGACCAGCUUCGACUACCGCAACUACAAAUGGGUGCCUGGCCAGCCGGAAUGCGCGCUCUCCAGGUUCGACGCGGCGGCGUUCCUGUCGCUGCUGCGCGGCAAGGUGGUGGCCAUGGCGGGCGACUCCAUGAUCAACAACUUCUUCGAGGCGCUCCGAUGCCUCGUCAGCGCCGCCACGCCCGCUCCGGACUGGGAGGGAACCUUCCCGGGAGCUUCAAGCAAGUACGAGGGUUUCGAGGUGCCCAAGUACGGGUCUAAGUUCAUUCGCAUCCAGGACCCGUUCCUCGUUGACUCCAAGCCGGAGGGCCAGUCUGACAGUUCAAGUGCGACGUGGACCAUCAACCUGGAUAAGCCGUCCCCCCAGUGGGCGCCUCUGCUCAAGUCAGCAGACGUGCUCGUGUUCGCCCACGGUCACUGGUUCGACAACGCCCCUGCCAGCAAGCGCCUGCUCUACCGCAAGGGCCAACCAGUACAAGCGGAUCAGUUCGAAGCGGCGCGCCUCUCCCUCAUCACAGUCGCAGAUUACAUCACCAAGAGCAGCUACAAGGGGCAGGUGUUCUACCUCACCUACUCCCCCCGGCACUACAGCUCGGCCUUCAAGACCAAGGGCAUGGGGUGCGCGAAAGCCACCGCACCUUUCACCCUGUCGGAAGGGGAAUACGCGAUGGGGAAGUCCAAGGAGGCUCCGUAUCUGACUGCGCAAAAGGCGGCUUUAAAGCCGUACCCGAUCGUGCAGGUGCUGGAUAUUUUCCGCAUGGCGCUGCUGAGGCCCGACGCGCACGUGGGCCCGUGGGAUGGGAAGGCCGGGAAUGGCGAUGACUGCUCGCACUGGUGCGAACCAGGGAUGCCUGACAUCUGGGCGGAUCUGCUGUUUAAUGAGCUGAGGAGCGGGGGAGGAGGAGGAGGAGCAGGGGGCGCGGGGGGUGGAGAGGUGGUUCCGCAGGCCAAGAGCGGCAGCAGCAGCACCAACAGCAAGUCCAAGCCCAAGUCAUCCUCCUCUUCCUCCUCUUCCUCCUCCUCCUCUUCCUCCUCUUCCUCUUCCUCUUCCUCAUCCUCAGCUUCAAAAAAGGUCUCUUCUUCCAAGUCCCCUCCUCCACCUCCCCCUUCUCCUCCUCCCAAGUCCUCCUCUCCUGCUAGCAGCAAUUCCAGCAGCACGAAAGGCGAUAAAGGGCUGAAGAAGACCAAGAGCAGUGCGCAUGCUGUGACCAGGACCAAGAGCAGUGCAGUCAGCGUGAAAACUAGGGAGAGCACCGGCGUGAAGUCCGGGGACAGCAAGGGCUUGAAGACAAGCAAGCAGUCGAGCAAGUCGGGCAAGGGGAGUAGGGGAAGCAAGGGAAGUAAGGGGACAAAGCAGUCGAGCAGGUCCAGCAGUAAGAAAAGAUGAGGGGAUAAGGGUGGCCUUGGAAGUGCUUUCCGAUGCCGAGAGAUACACUCUUAACCGGAUGAGUGUGUGUGUUGCCUUUUCAGGUGCUGUAGCCAUAUGCUUGACAGAAGUAGCAGAAUAAGAUGGAGGUCAAUAGCUCAAUAGUCACG